AUGGGGCUCGGAGUACUGGAGGAUCAUAAGCUGGAUCAGGUUCCAGGCACCUCCAACAUCUAUGGGGUGGAUCGGAUUCCAAGCGACGAUACCUCGGGCGCCAUAAGUCAGAAAUACGACCGAACCACCGCAGAACCUACUCUUCUUGUACCUCAGCCAAGCGAUGACCCUAACGAUCCACUAAAUUGGCCAUUAUGGAGACGCGACCUCAUCCUUGCCAUCCUCUCCUUUGUCACGGUGCUAUGUACAACCCUGAGCUCAAUCAUGGCUGCGAAUACAGUGACAAUUGCGGAAUAUGAGACCAUCACCUUUGUACAGGCUGCGCUCCUGACCGGAUACCAUUUGUGUGGUGUGGGAGUAGCUGGUAUUUUGAUCGUCCCAACUGCGCGAGUCUGGGGCAAGCGCCAUUUGUUUGUCAUUGGUCAUGUUUUGAUGAUUAUCAGCUGUAUCUGGGCUGGUGCAAGUGGGCGGAACCAUAAGAGUCUCUUAUGGGCCCGGAUCUUCCAAGGUGUGGCGUUGGCUCCAUUCGAGGCCCUUGUGAAUGCGUGUGUUGGUGAUCUUUACUUUGUCCAUGAACGAGGAAAGCGAAUGGCCCUGUCUAACGUCGCUCUGUUUGGUGCUGCUUUCUUGACUCCCGUAUUUGUCGGCAAAAUUACCAAAUCCAUAGGUUGGCAAUGGUCCUUCUACUUUGUUGCCAUUUUCUUAGGCGCAGCUUUGCCCUUCAUGCUUCUUUUCGUACCCGAAACUGCAUUCCGACGGCCCGACUACUUGAAUACCGACUUCAAACACAAGACCGGCCGGACAGAGUCCACUGAUUCAAACUGGCCGCUCAAUGAUCCAUCCAAGGACCCUCAGGAGUUCAUAUCAGGAAUGACGGCAGGCAACGGAACCCGGACAGAGGUCUCCGCCACAGCGAUGCCAGUAAAAGAUUCACUUUUGAAGUCAAUGAGGCUGUUCAAUGGACGAAAGACAGAUGAAAACUUCUUCAAGCUACUUCUCCGCCCCUUUCCACUAUUCUUUCACCCGGGGAUUUUCUGGGCUUGUCUGACUCAAGGUGUCGUCAUCGGCUGGGCCGUAUUCAUUGGUGUGAUUCUAGCAAUCGUGUUUUUGGGGCCACCGCUAUGGUUUGAAGAAGACAAAACAGGAUAUUUGUACACCGGGGCGUUCAUCGGAGCGACAAUUGGCUUAAUUCUGGCUGGGCUGCUUACCGACCCUAUAAACAAAGUGAUGAUCCGACUCAAUCGAGGCAAAUAUGAGCCUGAGUUCCGGAUCCUGCUGGUGAUUUUCCAGCUGGUUUUCAGUGCCAUGGGGCUGUACGGAUUCGGGUGGACAGCUUCCGAUGUGGAAAAGUACCAUUGGCUUUUACCGGACGUCUUCUUCGCCUUUCUCAUCAUCGGCAUGGUUAUGGGCGCAGUAGCCGCUUCACUAUAUAUUGUCGAUGCGCACCGGGAAAUUGCCGUGGAGGCAUUUACUUGCCUUCUGGUGUUCAAGAACAUGUUCAGCUUCGUGCUAACCUUCUUUGCCUAUAACUGGUUUGCUCGAGGAGGUGUUAAGCAUACCAUGAUCAUCAUCGGCAGCAUCCAAGUGGGCAUUUGUCUUCUGAGUAUUCCCAUGUAUGUGUUUGGCAAGCGGAAUCGCUCAUUUCUUGCCCGCCAUGAUAUCCUUGAAAGGCUGCAUCUCUGGUAG